GUUUGGUUCAGCUUCGCCUUUGCGAUCAUCCCGACCCUGCCAUUUGACGCUCACCACCACCGCCACGUGCAAUCAACAUCUUCACGAUCACUACGCACGCCUCUAUCGCCAUCGCUGCGGCCAGCGCGGACAGAGAGACACACUUCGAUAUAUCACUCGGACUUGGAGUCCCUCGGCACGAACGUCGCAGCGCGUGCGCCCAGUCUUCAUUCGCUUCAUGUCACUCGCUACCAGCCCGAUAUCACCUCCGCGACGACACCUGAUUCCCAUUCGAGCGGUCUCAAUAGCACUGCAAUAAGCCAUAGAGAUAUCAACUGAUGCGAACCAUCUGAGAUCAUCUCUCGAUCUCGCGAAAGGCAGGCACUUUCAGGAGCGCUCCAGCUCGGCGGAGGACACCUCUUUGCGACGGGGCUUUCGCAAAUACAACUUCAUCUGCGCAAAGGCGCGCACAGAUUCAUACAAAAAAUGGCAGUCACCAGCAGGAGUAUGACGGCAGAAGUCGAACGCACACUCCGGACAAUCUUCAAACGAUGUGUCGAAUGCCCUCCUGGACUUCCCGACUGUUUUCCCUGCCCGACCGGUCAACAGUGCAUACUCAUGACCGCGACUUGCGAUGCGUGUCAACGUGCGGUCUGCUCGGCAGAUGGAACAGACGCGCCGGCUGCUCAAGGCCCAGGGAUUGGCCCUAUCGCCGGAGCGUCCGUCGCAGGCGUCGUGGUUCUUGCAGUAAUCCUCUUUGUCGUAUGGAGAUUCGGCGUGCGAAAGAGGAGACAGCGACAAAUGGAAUGGAUGGAGAAUGAAAUGCUCUCGCAACAGAAGCACACACCAGUCAUCAACACCAUGCGUGGUGACGCGGCAUCAAUACGGACUCGCGCCUCAGUCGCGGGCAGCUUUCUCAGCCGUGCCAGCAAUGUCAUCCAGAUCGCCUUUAUUCCUGGCGUCAUCAACCGAAGCAAUGGAGGCUCAAGUCACAAUAGUCUUGCGCCCGUGCCGCCGAUUCCUGCGCAGUACGCCAACAACAAACCGAAGAGCCCUCUCGCCAACGACGGUGAUUUCCUCCUCUUCCGACCAGGAAGCACAUUCUCCGCGACGUCGUCACGAUCCGGUGUCCGUGACACGCAAUACACACAAUACACGUACGGCAGCCGUCAAUCUAUCACACCGUCUCUGGCGCGCUCCUCCAUGGCUCUGGAGAUCUACCGCGACGAGGGGACUCCUCCGCCUAUGCCGGCGACCACCAUGCUGCGUGCAGCUCCUCGAAUGGUGUCGGUCAGAUCUACUCCUGGCACCACUCCUAAUCCCAAUGGCACCUACGACAGCCCAGGCAAUACACCCAGGACAGGAACUUCCGCCACCAUCGUCCCGCAAGGCUUCGGUUCCUCGCCACAACACUCCCGCCAACACUCCCGUACCCAUAGUCGACGCAACAGCAGCAUGAGCCUCUCGUCCAACAAAGGCAAAGGCCGCUUCCCCGUGCGUUCCGCCAGCGCCGAUCUGACCAUGUCACCCCCUCCGCUCUCCGGCCGACGUACGCCCACCGUCUCUUCCCCACUCAUCACCACCAACCUUGACUCCGAGGACGACGAAGGCAGCAACCCCGGUGACGACGACGACGAUCACGCCCGUGCCCGUCAAUCCCUCCUCCAACCCUCCUCCGCGACGACCCGCACCGAGAGCGGAAGUCCCACCUCUCCAAUGACCCACUCCUCCUCCAUGCGGCCCAUGAGCUCCAUCAUGAUCGCCAACAACCCUUACACUCUAGAUCCGACUUCAACCUCAUCCUCCUUCAUGCAAGGCGGCGCUUUCCGCACCGCCAGCAACCCUCCUCCCCAGCCCAUCACCUCGCCCUUUUUCGACGCCUCCGACCUCCCGCCCAACUCCACCGGGCUCGGGACCCGGGAGCAUUGUCGGUGUUGGAGAGACUUUCGUCGGCGCGGGAGCGGUCGGAGCGAGUAGUGGAUUGAAGAGGGAGAAUGGCGAAUCGCAGCGGCAGGGACCGUUCGGGGAUGAGCAUGAGUUGAGCUCAAAUUGAGCUGAGAUGGAGUUUGAGGGUCUAUCUUUGAGUGAAUGGAUGGGUUCUUGGGAUUUGAGUUAUUUCUGGGCCCGUUCUCGGGAUUUGGGGCGCUGUA